UAAAAUGGUAAAAUAGGGAAUCGAUUUAAGGGCUGCAUAAAAAUAGAGGGGAUUUAACUAAAAAAUAGAGGGGAUUUAUCCGGGGUUUUAGGGACAGCCAUUAACCAGCAAGAAAUGGAGGCAAUAGCUCUGUCCCUAACAUGCACUGCAAUCCCUUGUGUCUCUUCUUCAGCUUCAUCUUUCUCAACAACUCCAUCACUUACUCAAAUCAAAUAUUCACUCAGCAGAGCAUCUAAAAAGUUACAAUCUUUAGCACUGCAUAGAAGAAGAAGCAAAGGAAUCGAGGAGCAGGACCUGUAUGGCCUUCCAAAGGAAUAUUAUGAUGAUGAAUGGCAAGCUCGGCAAAGGGAAAAGACUAAGGAAUUGCAUAGACUACGUCAACAGGAGGAUGAGGAAGAGGAAAAAAAGGUUGAUGAAUAUCGUGAAAUUGGAUUGCGCUUGAAAGAUUAUCCAGAAGAAGAGCUUCUAAAGGCCAAGAAAUUGGUUGCCAGCUUCAUUAGGUCAGCUGAAGAAGUGGAAGAGAAAAUUGAGGAAGCUGCAGAAAAAGGUGAACUCGAUGAACUUGUUCUAUUGAUCAUAUGGAAUCGGCUUGAUCUUGCUCGGCGUGAUGAUGAGAAGGAUGCAGUUCGAAGUCUUGAUCUCUUGUACAGGCGAGUUGAGACAGAGAUUUUGAAGCGGGAAGCAACUCCUGCCAUGAGACUACUGAAUGAUCUUCUGAAUAUGCAUGACGGUGGACUCGAUAAUGAAGGAUGGCUCAAAGCAUGUAAAAAACGUUUGGUUGAUACAUUUCCGCGAGAGGACCCAUUUAGUAUUCUUGUACCUGCAGGUUUCGACAUUGAAAAGCAUCAAGGUCCUCUAAGACCAGCUUUGGAAGCUGAUGAUGUGCUUUUGAGGGUAGAUUUUGUCAGAGAGGUGGAUGCACUGUUAAAGGAGGUUCGAUCUGAACAGACUGAAGCAUUAGAAACACAAGGACUUGAUCCAGAAUCAGUGGCAAGUAGAUUGAAACAACAGGAGAAGCAACGUGCAAUACACCAAGUAGAAGCUCUUUUGGAUCUGGCCAUCAACUUGGAGUGGUAGUCAAGUAGCUGCCUCUUCCCAAAUGAGAAAGUUCACUGAGUAGAAAUUUCAUAACAGAAGAAAAGUCACAGAGGUUCUUCAAUAGUAUUCCUGGUUCACAAGGUUCUACCAGUGCAGUCAGUAUAUGGAAUGUCCAACUCCAACUAUCAUUAACAGCAAAGACGACUCAAACCUGCUUAAAAGUUAGGGUCCAAACUGCAAGACAAUGCAAUGUGUUUAUUAUCAUCUGUUAGCAAUUAGCGACAUCAUUUUAGGUAUUUUUGCCAUGUCUUCUUCCUUGGUGCCCCAGGGAACAACCGUGUGAUUCUGCCCAGUGUCUAUAUUUGAUAGCUGGAAGCAUAGUAUUUGAAGCUGUAUUUAUUAACCAAGUGGGCAUUUGAUGUAGUACCAAACUGUCCUGAUUCAGUCAGUGGGGAGACAUGUUACUCUCUGAAUCAGAAAAGAUUUAAGACGAUCUGGGCUCAAUGUUAGUUUGUUGUAUUUAUAUAUGUGAGAUUCUUUUUCUAGGAAA